CAAGAUACCAAGGAACUCCACCCUUUCACUGUAAAGAGCUGUUCCAAGCUGUUCUCAGAGCACAGAACUCAGGAUGGGGCACAAGUUUAAGAAAGAGAUCUCUGACUUCUUCUUUGAAUAUGACACCCCAAGGAUGGUUCUGGUCCGGGACAAGAAAAUUGGGUUGACCUUCAGACUCAUCCAAUUUGGGGUCUUAUGCUACAUUGUAGGAUGGGUGUUCUUAUAUGAGAAAGGCUACCAGACUGUAGAUGGCAUCAUCAGCUCUGUGUCUGUAAAAAUGAAAGGCAUAGCAAUUACCAAUAUUUCUAAUAGCUCCGAAAUCUGGGAUCCUGCCGACUAUGUUUUUCCCCCGCAGGGAGACAACUCUUUUGUUGUGAUGACGAACUUCAUAAUUACUCCAAAGCAACAAAUGGGCUACUGUAAUGAGCUUCCCAAUGAAGCACCUUGCAAAACUGAUGAUGACUGCAAAGCAAUGUCUACUCGACUAACCCAAGAAGGAGAGAACAGUGAUCUGCCAUUAAGUACAUCAGGUAUCCUAACUGGAAAUUGCAAGCCUAUCAACAAUGAAACUAAGUCUUGUGAAGUCUAUGCUUGGUGUCCUGUGGAAAAUGACUAUAAUAUACCUAACCCUCCAUUAUUAUUGCAGGCAGAAAACUUCACUUUAUUUAUUAAAAACAGUAUUAGUUUUCCAAGGCAUAAAAUUAAUAGACAGAAUCUAGUGGAAUCGGUAACCAGCAAAUACCUCAAAACCUGUCAGUAUCAUAAAGAUAAGGACCCUUUGUGUCCUGUAUUUCGAAUGGGAUAUAUUGUGGAGCAAACAGGACAGAAAUUUAUUGACAUAGCACGAAAGGGAGGAACAAUUGGUAUUGUAAUAGACUGGCACUGUGAUCUUGAUUGGCCAGUGAAAUACUGCAAGCCCAAAUAUUUUUUUCAUGCCCUACAGGAUGAGAACUCAGUUUCACAAGGCUUCAAUUUCAGGCAUGCAAGACACUUUAGAGAGGAUGGAAUAAAUAAAAGGAUGUUAUUCAAGGUUUUUGGCAUUCGUUUUGACAUCCUUGUAAAUGGAGAGGGAGGAAAAUUUGAUAUAAUUCCAACAAUGACGACAAUAGGAUCAGGAAUUGGUAUAUUUGGUGUGGCAACAGUUGUAUGUGACUUAAUGUUACUACAUGUACUUCCAAAAAGAAAUUACUACAAGGAGAAAAAAUUCAAGUAUGCUAAAAGUGAAAAGAAAACAUUAAGUAAAGAAGAUAGCUCGACCUAUGCUAAUAAUAUUCAGCAAGAGACACAGCCCUCUGCGGUUCCAGCAGAAACAGCAAUUCCUAGUUAAAAGAGAGAAGAAUGAUAUCUCUCAAAAGCCCAAAAAUGCAACAAUCGAAGUCACUAUCCAACUACUUCCAAUCGAAGUCACUAUCCAAAUAAUUAUGAAUUUAUUUGGACCUACAACCAGCGCUUGCUGCAUCCUCCGGAUGGUUUUGAUGAACACAACAUAGGAUGUCCUAGAGCAUUUAUUCAUUAUAAAAAUUAUUAGAAUACAAGACAGUAUAUAGUACUGUGUGAUUACAUAUAAUAUUUACAACCAAACACUUAAAUUCAAGAAGAAGAUUCAUAACUGUAAAUCCAAUGCAGUCACUUUUACUUUUUCCUACACCAAGCAAAGCUUUAACCCUGUUGAUAUUCAAGUCUCUAACAAUUUAACGUUUUUUUGGGCGCGGACUUUUAUAUUGAGGGUCUAUCUUUAGGCUAGAUCAUCAAUAUCAGAUCGGUGAGGUUUGACUUCCAGAACAAUUCUGCUAAUUGAAGGGGUUGUGGCACUUGUCCAUUCGCUGUACCUGGUAUUGCAUCUUGUACCAGUAUCAGGUCCAGCCACUGUGGAAUGAAGUAAGAUGUGCCUGGUAGGAAAAUAAGAGCUUAGGCCAUCAUCAGUGGGGGUGCUGGGAGUCAGCACCCCUGUUUUCACAAAUUGCUGUCCUAUCUUAAGGAUAGAGCACUAGUAUAAAAGUCCCAGAAACUGCUUUAAGCAGAAUGAAUGAUCUUAUAACUGAUCAUCUUAGAACUGUUAAGCUUUUUAAAUAAUUCACACAUUUUAAUUGAUAGCAUACACAUCACAGUUAAUGCACAGCCAAAGUUCACAUAUAUUACAGCAGGAUUUAUCACUUUCUGGUUAUAAUAGUCCAGAGAUUACAGCCUGUGGAUUUAUGGAUUACUAGAGACAGUGUGGAUAAGUGGAAAUGCUGAUAUAAGGGAAUAUUUAUUAAAUAACCAAGUAACAGGAUAUACUGUUAUGGAUGUAAGUACUAUAGAAAGAUGAUGCUGUAAACCCUUUAUGAUCCAGCUCACUUUAAGUAUUACCUCUGACUACUAUAAAAUAGUAAAAGUUAAUUAACAUCUUGCAGCAGGAAAAGGGACUCAUAUAGGGCUGCAUCUACAGAGGUGAACAUCUCCAGUGCUGCUCCUCUCAGCCUUUAAGGCUUUUUAGUACAUUAAUAUUAAAUAGCUAUGACGGAUGCGACUUGUGGCAUCCAUCAUACAUAGACUCCCAUGUUAAAGAAAAAUGGAGUGGCUAUAAAUCAUACUAACAACUUCUGAUAUACACCACUCUUCUAUCUCUUCUUUACAACUGACUCCAAUGACCCCAUGACCUGCAAAUGGUGGCUGGACACAGAUGUGGAAUGCAAGGCAGUCAGGACUGGGAAUGCAGAAAUUAUUUGGUAACUGUAUGUCUAUUAAAUAGAGGUAGUCAGUACACUUUGCUGUACUGUUAUACGCUGGAGAUUUUCUGUACACAAACCCUUCUUAUGAGUUUACAUGGGGCUGGGGGGAUCCAUUUGUUUUCUGGUGGCAGAAAAGCUUCAAACAAUUUUGCAUGCAGUUUAUGUUUUUUUGUUACUAGUUCCUGCUCUGUGGAAUAGUGCAGAACUUAAUCAAAUCAAACCCUGAUGGAAAAUGCAUUUUUUGGCCUUUGUGGGGUUAUUAGGGGCUUUAGCUUUGCCAUGUUAAGAGAUUUCCCGUCACAAGGCUGGCCCUGAUUCAGACAACUUUUUUCUAUUGUGUUUGGGGGCCUUUAUUUUGUGACAACUUCUUUCAGAAUGUUUUAUUAGAACCCACUCAGCAAUUUCAACUGAACAUCACCGAUAAAUCACUGUUGAGUGAAGAGCCUUUAGUAUAUCCCUUGCAAUAUAAACCACAUUUUGUUUUGGCCCUCUGAUCAGCAGUUCUGUCCAAAUUAGCAUUACUACUCUCAUUUAAUGGAGACUAUCUUAAUGAAAGUUUUCCUUUAAAAAGACAUCAACCCUAAACUCUAGGUUGUUGACAUUUGUUCCCAUGAUGGAUUAAAUCUAUUGACCCUCGUAAACAACCUUUAUAGACUGGCGACGUGCUAAUGCAGUGUUCUAUGGGAUGGCUAGCAGAUAGGUGCCUAGACCUGUAAUCACAACUUUCCAACAAAUUGACAUCACCUAUCAACAACAUAGAAGAUAAAUGUCUGAUCAUAGAGGACCCCAAUGCUGGGACUCUUACUAAAAAAGAUUAAUGUUUAUUGAACGUAUAUUCAGUACUGCCAAUUUCUAGAAAUAUUUGCAUAUAUACAUGUUGGAUAAUAUCAACCUAUGAACUAUUUGUUAAUAAGUCUGUGUUCCCAUAUGCAGGUGAACCUUUGCAUCCAAAACCAUGCCCCUUGUUUUUAACAAUGGCUGAGCAAUUUUAGAUUGAAAAUAACUUUAUUAGCAAUUAAUUGUCAAUCACAUAUACAAUAAAUAAUAAAUUUGCCAUACAUAUCAUGACAGCACAAUAUACAGCACAAAGGUGUCAAACAACAAGGCAUAGGGGAUCGCAGUAAAGGAAGGAGGUUGGGGAAACAGGGGAUAGGGAGUAGAGAUUACAGGCCCAAUGCUUUAUUGCAAGACAAAGACAAACAAUGGGAGAACAGGGAAGGGGAGGGGUUUUAACCCUCUUCUUUAUCGACGUCCAAACUGUCCAUGAUGGAAUAGUCUUUUAGCAGGCUGUGGCAGUCCUGGACGGACAUGUUCUUCCUCAAAAUGAGGCGAUUCCCGGUUGCCAUAUAGCGUCCUUAAAACAGUUCAUAAGGCACCAGGCCACCUGGAUUGCCUUAACCCCAUGAACCAUAGGGAAUAGUCUGUAAAAUACUGAAUGAUACGAUAGCCUUCCGCUUGGCACAGAGUUUCUGAGUUUGAGUUCCAGGGUAUCCAACAUGCCCUGUGCAAAGGGGCACUGGCAAAAGGUGUGCAAAGAUGUUUCCUCCACAUAGGGGCAUCGGGGGCAGUACCUUGUCUUGUACAGGUUGCGGGCAUGCAUGAAUGACCUGAGAGACAAACCCCCUGAAUGGCCAUCUACUACAAAUCCUUGUGCCUGUUGAUUAGCCGUGCUGAAGCCAUAUUAGUCCAAAUAGUCAUUGUGGUGGCAGCAAGGAUCCAUUGAACGAGCUCCAAAGUGUUCUUAGCUCUGAUGAGCUUGUGGAUUGUCUUUGGUUUCCCCAAGUUGGGCAUAAGUUCCUCCAGCUGGUGUUCCCUCACAAAUCUGACAACAUCCCCAUAAACCAAGGAGUGUGCCAGUUGUUAGGGAUGGAGCUGUUCCACUUUCCCCAUCCAAGCAUCCUCCAAAGGGAAGGAGAAACAGGGGAGACAUGGACCUGCCCACAGAGCCAUUUUUCUGUAGUCCUCCGUAUACUAUCACAUGCAAAGGCUUCCCAUGGCAAGGUGGGGAUGUCAGGUACUCCCUUCCCACCCUUACGGGGCUCCUAGUGCAAUGUUGCCAAUAAUCCCAGUAAAUAAGCAUGACCAUUGGUGAAUGCAUGGAGAUGUCAUUUUGGAAGCAGCGUGUGAGAACAGGACCUAAAGUGAAAGCUUUUAGUCUGAAUUAGCACUCAUUUAGAAGGAUGAUGGUUACAAAUGCAAAUACCAAUAAGAAAUGUUUUAUUGCACAAAGCAGACAAUGCUGGUACAACUGCUGAUUGAGAAAAUAGGAACUUGUACAUUUGUGUCAUAAAGUUGCACUAAGUUGCUUUAAACCCCAAACAGUUUUGCUCAAGCUGUGUUUGAGCUACUGGCAAAAGUGAAUAAUGUUUAAUAUUGAUUUAAUAUAAUGUUCUAUACAGUUUAGUCCAAGCUUAGCUCAGGCUUAUCAUGUGAGUGUGAGUGUCCAUCAGCAGCAGGAACCUGACAGUAAUACACAUUGUGCAGAGAAAUAAAUAGAGACGCACUCACCCUUGAUUUCAGCAAACGUGGAGGGACUUUAUUAAAAAGUCACAGUGCAGUUACAUAAUGGUGGAACACACGGAGAAACACAGCUCCAAUAGCUGCGAGAAGAGCGGCGAUGGCCCCGUUUCGCGGUCAAACACACAGCUUUGUCACGCCUAUCUCUGCUGUUGCACACGGCACCAUGUAAGUAGACAUGGUCUCCGCAGGGGGCAAACAGCUGACAGGUCCGGAGUCAUGGUAACAGGUAAACAAAACAAAGCUCAUAGCGCAACAGCUGGCAGGAUACCAGGGAGCAUGCGCAAACACACUGGAGCUGGACCGAUGUCCUGUAUGGAUACCUGCAAGGCUAACAGGAAGACAGGGAGCACCUGUACAUGAAUAAAAGGAUCAAUAUGUCACGUGAUUGUGACGCCAUUAUCACAUCCUGUAUAAAUUUCAGCCAAAACCUUGUUAGAUCAUGCCUGAUGAAAAAAGCUGAGUGUUUUCAAACACGUUGCAUCUAUUUCAAAUAAAGGAAUUUACCUCUCUAUUUCGGAUUCGUCCCACUUGAUGACAGCAUGACCUCAGCUUCCACUUUCUCUUCCCUCCUUCCUGCAUAUUAUCACGUCCGCUAGCCGGCGUGAGAAGCCGCUGCAGUCUCAUUGUACUUACACCUUUGUGAGCGUUGUGCCUUUCCAGCACAACCCAACCAGGUGAGUGAGUUUUCAUUAUUUGCACUCCCUCACCGCUCAGCCUGCA